AUGAUUAAAGCUAAAAAAUAUUUGAUUCAUAUAAUGAAGAGGUAUUACGCGCGGAAAAAUACGCUCUACGCGGAUAAGUGGUCUAAACAAAGGCAUUUGUUAGUAUUGGGGAUGAUGAUUCUUGGAAUAGCUGCAUCGGUGAAUAUAGAAGAAAAUAGUUUUUUUUCAGAUUCAAGAAGAAAAAGCGAGACCCCUUUAAACAGGACAAUUCGCGUUCUAAAAAGAGAGAAUGACAAAAUAAACACAGAGACCAUUAAAUUCAGCAUAGACAACAACGGAGCUCUUGAGAUGCAAAACCCAGAGGAAGGAUUAAUCACUGUUACUCUCUCAAAGUACUAUGACAUAAAGAAUGACAUAUUUGACUUUGAGGAUGCUCUCAAGUACACUAGCAUAACAAUCGACGGGAGUGGGGAGGGCGAUAGCAAAGCACGGGGAGAGCUGUGCAUGCAGUUCGUGCAUGCGUUUAGGAAUGCAAAAGUAAAGACUCUUCAGAUAAAAGGCAUUAAGAUUAACAAAGAAGAUCUGCCCGCUAUAAACACUUCCAAGAACACAGUGCUUCCUAUUUACAACACAACGGUGGAAAAGAUAGUUUUCUCUGAAGUGAGCAACUGUCUGGCAGAGCGCAUACUAAGACAUUAUAGCUUCUGCUCUCCAGUUGAGCUGGUGUUAGAUACUAAAGAGCCCGUUUCAUGGGAUACUCUUUUGGCAAUAUCUAGAAACAAGCAAUACAAGAGAAUUGAGAUUGGGAAGCUAGCAAGCCUUUCCAUGCUAACAGAGAAAAAAAUUAAAAGUCUAGAGAAAAUACUUGCUUGCUUGGUUGUUAAAGAGCUCCCGCGGCGCAACCAUGCACAGCUCCAGCCGGAAAUCAAGCGUAUAUUUGAAAACAGCAUGGGGUAUUCAUCUCAUGUAACAGUCCAAAUGUAUAAGCAGCUUAGACAUUCAGCUCUAUCCCUACCUUCUGAUGGCAGUGAUCUAGAGCUAUUUGUAGAAGGCGGCCUCAGAGACUUUGACAUAGACGUAGAUGAAAACACGCCAGUUCUGGGGGAGAGCACGCAAGCACUGUGUGAGGCAGAAAUGCAGGAGCUGUUGAAAGACAACAGAUCUGUGUCUAUAUCCCAGUCUUACUAUACAAGCCUUCCGUCUGCUUCUAGCAAUAGAGUGAUAUUAAGGUUUAUGGAAGAGACACCGAUUAACUCUGCUAUCCUUAGAAAAAUCUUUAUAUGGAUUGGGAAUAACAUGAAGACAGCCUCAAGUGUAACGAUACACAAUGUAAAAAUGACAAGCGUGCUGGAAGAAAUUUUGGGGUCUGUGCGGGUAUGCAUAAACUCAAUGCAGCAUCUAAAACAUCUAUACAUCGUGAGCGGGGGCGCAAAGAAAAGAAAAAUAGAGCUACGAAAUACCAGCUAUCACGACAUUUUAACCGCAUCGAGAACCUUUGCGAUUAACAAUAAUACAUGCACAACAGGAUUCCCUGCAAGCGUGUAUAUUACGGGAAAAAUGAAACUUAAACAGUCCCAAGUGCUGGAGAGCGGAAGUGAAGAAAACAUAAUAAAAUACCCUGGAGAAGCAACUGACGCUAUAAGUCUUUGCUCAGUAUGCAUUCUAGGUGUGUUUGUAAACGAGACAGCCCAAAAUAGAAACAAAACCACAAUGGAUUAUCUGUCAAUCCAGGAGAUCGAAGGCAUGACGUGGAAGGACUUUUUAGAAAGUGAAAAUAGAAACUUUAUUGAGGCCCAUUUAAAACACGCAUACUCAGUUGAUUCAGAGAAUUCUAUAACUGAGAGAGACUUUUAUAAGAUGGUAAAGCACUAUUGCAACAUGCCUAUUAUAGUCUUCCCAAUGUGCAAGCAUUCUGUUUGUGCAAAGUGUUUGUCUGCAGGGUACAUGCAUAUGCAGGAAGAUGAUCACUUGAAUUUAGAAAGGCACAAACUCAUUAAAAUUAGGUGCCCAGCAUGCCGUGAGGUUAAUAUCAUGUCCACGUACUUCCACUAUCCAGUGUGUGUAACAAGUACAUACAAAAUCCCUGACUCACAUAUAUACCAGGUUGAAAAAUCAGCAACAUCUGGGAACUUAGCAAAGAACUAUGUAUUCUACGCAUGCGAAGGAUUUAGGUCUGAUGAGUACUAUAGAAAGUUUCUUCCGUACUCAGUAAAGACAGAUGUAGUUAUUAAAAUACCUGGUCAUGAUGAAAACUCUGUUUUUAGCGCACCAAGCAGCUCUCGAGCUCUCAAUGUCUAA